AGGGGAAGAGAGGCGGAUUGUUUCGUGGAGAACUUCGGGAGCGGGAGGGGCUUCAGGCACGAAGGAGACUUUGGCGAGGCUGAGUUAAGAGCCGCAGAGGGACCCAGGCGUCCGAGCAUCCGUCGCUCUUCCCCUACCCCCCUCCGCGGGAUCAAGCUUCCUCCGUGUUUGCACAUGUCGAGAACACGGCCGGGGUUGCUUGGAUACACAAUCCGAUGAGAUCCAUAUCGUGGUAACUGAUUCUUGCUGGUGGCUGGUCACAUUUCCCUCAUGCCGCUUGGACUAGGCCGUCGGAAGAAGGCCCCCUCUUUGGUGGAAAAUGAGGAAGCUGAGCCCAUCCGCAGUAGCCUGGGUGGGAUGGGGGUUGGUGGGAUGGGUGGUGUGGCAGCACUUCAGCCUGGACUACCCCCUCCACCAGCCAGCCUCCGUCCUCGUCUUGUAUUCCACACCCAGCUAGCCCAUGGAAGUCCCACUGGCCGGAUUGAAGGCUUUACUAAUGUCAAGGAACUAUACAACAAAAUUGCAGAGGCCUUUAAAAUAUCCCCAACUGAGGUGAUGUUCUGCACUUUAAAUACCCACAAAGUGGACAUGGACAAGUUAUUGGGUGGUCAGAUUGGCCUGGAAGAUUUUAUCUUUGCCCACACAAAGGGCCAGAGGAAAGAAGUGGAAGUGUUCAAAUCUGAGGAGGCCCUGGGCCUGACUAUCACAGACAAUGGUGCUGGCUAUGCUUUCAUCAAGAGAAUCAAGGAAGGGAGUGUUAUUGACCGAAUCCAAAUUAUCAAUGUUGGGGACAUGAUUGAAUCCAUCAAUGGUCAAAGUCUCAUUGGCUGCCGGCAUUAUGAGGUUGCAAAAAUGCUCAAGGAUUUGCCCAAAGGUCACACCUUCACUCUGAAACUGACUGAACCCCGAAAGGCUUUUGAUAUGAUCAGUCAAAGAUCCAAAGGAGGCAAAAACAGUGGAUGUGCUCAACUUGGCACAGGAAGGGGCACUCUGCGUCUUCGGGCCAAGGGACCAGCCACCGUGGAAGAACAGCCCUCUGCAUUUGAGGAAAAGGCCAUUGAGAAAGUUGAUGAUCUUCUGGAGAGCUACAUGGGUAUCCGUGACACAGAGCUAGCUGCUACCAUGGUGGAGUUGGGCAAGGACAAGCAAAAUCCUGAUGAAUUUGCAGAGGCAUUGGAUGAGCAGCUGGGUGAUUUUGCCUUCCCAGAUGAGUUUGUCUUUGAUGUCUGGGGAAGCAUUGGAGAUGCCAAGGUUGGGCGCUACUAGGACUGGAAACUUGCUGGACCCCACCCACAGAACCUAUGGACAGACCAGUGGUGAAUCUGGCACACUACAGCACCCUUCCCUCGAUGCUGGGCCCACUUAUCGGGAGGGAUCCUAGAGCAAUAAGUAAUUUGCAUUAUUGACCGGAGUGUAAUGUGAACUGGGGGCAGAAUUGCUGCUUCCAGCCCCCUCUUGUUGGAAAUUCCCUCAGCCCUGGGUACAACCCAGUUUGCUCUGUUUCCUUGUCUGAGCUAGGUGCUACCAGUUGCUUCAUACAGUUUGCUAUUCUUAGAGAGGUAUGGCUGCUGCAGGUUGUAUUUCUCAGCUUAUUCUGGUUCGAGAAAGAGCAUCACUGGAAUAUCAGCUCAAGUUUAGAUGGAUGACAAGCAGUUUUCUUUGAGAAUGAGAUACUCUGCAUGGGAGCUGAAUGAAGUAGGGAUGGACAGAGUUGACUCUUUCAGCUCUAAUAAAACCUUGAGGAGAGAAGUGAGAUUUCAGUAAAGCUCCUAGCUCUGCAUAUUUGCUCUGAGCAGAUUGGUGCAUAAGGAGAGACAUUCCCUGGUUCUUCUGAAAGCUUGACCACCCUUCACCGGUCAUCUGUGUUGGUACAUGUACAGACAGCCCCUCCCAUUUGCUGUCUCCCCUUGAUCCUUGUAACUUAGACAUUAGGUAGAAGAUGCAACAGUGAUGCUUCUGCUGGGUUAGAAAAUAAUUUUCUCUCCAUCCCAUUACCAACAUUUAUUAGAUGUGUAUGAGUAGACAUCAGUUGUUAAAGAACUUCCAGCUGUCAAAUGCAACUGCUGAUUCUGCCCAGGCAUCAACUGCUGAACUUGGGUCUGUUAUGAUCAGUGGCCUCAAAGGUUGUGGCUGGGAAAUAAUUCACAGUGCAGUCAACAACUACAGAGAGCAGGUAUAGCACACGCAUGUAACUUCUAACCAGAGUACCUGUCCUCAUGGGUAGGUCUGGCACAUUCUGCUAUUUGAAUGUUACUCUCUCAGAACCAUUUGUGGUUUUCAGCUUCAUCCACCCAGCCCUUUUUAGUUCUAUAUCUGGGCUUUUAAUCCCUGCCAACUCAUGAUACGUGGAUAGUAUAAAGGUUAUUGUGUGUGUUGUCUCUUCCAGGGGAUGGGACCAUACUGAAUCAUUAGGUCAGUGGCAUUUUCUCCUCCACCCCACUAUUCCUAAGGAUAUUCCCCUUCUAGGCUGGCUAUAAUAAGCUCUUUUCAAAGUACGUUUUUCAAAAUUUGGGGGACUCUUUCUAGGAAGAAGGGCAGCAGCAGAAGUCCCUUGUUGUCCAGGUAUGGGCAUACCCUUCUUAAAGUCUGUCUUGACUAAUUUUGUCCUGCCGACCUACCUCCUAGGGUUGGCCCAGUUAAUGCCUGUAAUGCCUCUCCUCCCUCUUGUUAUUUAUAUUCUAUCACUCAUGUGCUCAUUCUCAAAUCCUGGGCCUCUCCCCUGUGCCACAAUCCAUUACUGUAAUUCCCCAGUAGUUCAGAAGACCUUCACUUACACCUUACAGCCUCAGUUCACCUACUGUAUCUCUAAAACACUAAUUCCAGAUAGGAUAUGGAGCUCGGGGAUCUCUGGAUCAUACCUCAAGCGCCGAGAGAGAGAGGCUUCUGCUAAGCCUUGCUGUUUCCUGUGUCCUGGCACUGGAAACCUCUUAGGGAGAUCAGGCACCAUGUCCUCCUUGGGCAUGUUUUUGUAUUCUGCAAGUAAAUUGUCUUUAAGAUAAAAUAUAUCAAUACUAUUAAA